AAGCGCAAUAACCGAUAUUUAAGGAGCAAACUUUCAAGUUGCAAUUGAAAGAGUUAAAAAUCGUUAAUUAAUAAUGUUUCGAGUGCAUUGCAACCAGUGCCAGCGUCACCAGGAGGUCGAUCCGAUCGUGCCCUUUCACUUCACCACCUGCCAGCACGUAUUUUGCGCGCCCUGCGUGACCAAAUCCCCACCAGAAGCCAAGUGCCCGGUGUGCGGGCGGGUGCUCCAGUCGAUAGCGAUCAAUCGGGACAUGCCCAUCGGCGUGGCCAACUACUUCGAGGAUCCCGCCCGCUUCCUGCAGAUCUUCCGCAAGGUCAGCAAGUUCCAGGCCGCCCAGCGGGCCUCGGACAACCUGGGCUUCUAUCACCGGCUGCAGCAGUUCGAGAACGACAAGCGCCAGCUGGAGGGCUACGGCAAGAUGGAGGCGCACAUCAACGCGAAGAUCGCAGCGGAGAAGAAGCGGAUCGGCCAGCUGCGCCUGUACCUGGAGCAGCACGAGCAGGAGGCCCAGAAGAGGCAGCGACGCACCAGCAUGGGCCUGGGCCAUCGAUCCCCAGCGGAUCCCCAGCUCCUCGCCUUCAAUGCCGCCGCCGCCGCCUCGAGCACCUCGGCCAGCUCCACGAUGGACGAGGCCACCAUGCAGAGCUUCUUCCUCAACUCGGACCUGGGCUCCUCCUCGCCAGCGAAUCCGUCCCGUCAGUCGCGCAAGAGAUCCCACCGCGGCGAUCACAAGGAUUUUCAUCUAUAA